UCAUGUUCGAGUCCAUGUCGAGUCUGACAUCUGGUAUUCGCUCAAGCAUUGACAAAAAGCGGUGAUUUAAUUUUUAAAAUUAUGUCAAUCGUGCUAAAUCCUUUUGUGAAAUGGGCACAGGAUCGCAAUGCGGUUUAUCUUACUGCUGAGCUGAGCAAUGCAGUAGUGAACGUCUUAGACGUGCAGGAAAAAAGCUUAAAUUUUGAAGCUUGUGGUAUUGGAGCCCAGGGGGAAAACAUUUAUUCUCUUGAUCUUUCGUUUUAUGAAGAGGUUGACCCAAAGCUCACCAAAUACAAAACAAAUGACCGGUGUGUUACAAUAGCAUUGAAAAAGAAAGAAGGAAAAUACUGGGAUAGAUUACUUGUGGACAAGAAAAAACCUGGAUGGUUAAAGAUUGAUUUUGAUAGAUGGCGUGGUGAAGAUGAAUCGGAGGAAGAGGAGAUGAUGAAUGAGAUUACAAAAAUAUCAGUUGAACAGCGAAAGAAGGAGAUGGAAAGUCAACUUGACAGUCAUGUUAGAGAGGCAGAAGAAGAAGUGAAGCAAUUUCUCAUCAAAGGUUAUUUAUCAAUCUACAACAUCAUCCAAGGCAUUGCAUUCUUUUAUAUCACAUUUUAUGUUGUGAUUAAACUUUUCUAUCGUGGCAAAGAUGCUGUUCCCACUAUUUAUGAUUCUGUCAGUGAUUUGUUGGCUACUUGUCAAAUUGUCUCCUUUCUUGAGUUUAUAAAUGCGGCAUUUAAACUUGUCCAUACAGGUUUCUUUGCACCUUUAUCUCAGAGUGUUGGUCGUUUUUUUGUGUUGUUCCUGGCCAUAACUCCUCACGAAGAACUACAAAAAUCUGUUUUGGUUGUUGUGCUAUUUCUUACAUGGUCACUUAGUGAGAAUGUUAGAUAUCCUUUUUAUUUCUUUCAAACCAUUGGUUAUUGUCCAAAGUGGUUACUUUGGUUGCGAUAUACAGCGUGGAUCCCAUUAUAUCCACUUGGUCUUAUUAUGGAAGGAAUUCUUAUUUACCAAGCUGCAAACUUAUUUGAUGUGUCUAAACGUUGGUCACUGUCCUUGAAAUUGGCUGGGAAUAUCAUUAUUCCCUUUUCAUUUUUUUUAAGAAUGUAUAUGAUUUUCUUAGUGAUAGGUGGUAUGUACCUUCUUAGACACAUGUGGAGGUUAAGAGUAAAGAAAUAUGGUAGAGGUGCCAGAAGAAAAUUAAAAAGUACAAAAAAAGAUUAAUGGUAAUGUUAGAGGUUAGCAAGAAAAAAUUAAAACUAUAACAUAGUUUCACAAACAAAA